UUGCAGUGGUUUAGUUCAGUGAUACUGACUUUGCAAGAUGUUGUUCCGCGCUGUUCUCAAUAGCAGAAUUCGCAAUAAAACGCGGGAACCUCACAGCUACCCCUUGGAGACCCUGCUGCAAUAUUACCAAUGCAAUCAACAGGAUGAACACACUUCAUAUGGUGACCUCGGGGUGCCAGUUCCUCCUUUUGUCUGCUUGUGGUCGACAGCUGAGCAGUUACAUCAGGUCCUUGGAGUUGCAAAUGAAGAAGGUGUAGUCAGGCUGUAUGAUGCAGAACAUCACAACAAGGAGGACCCAAUUUUUCGAGCAUGGUUGGCUCACAACAAUGCAGUGUUUGACCUUGCGUGGGUUCCUGGAGAGCCAAAAUUAGUUACGGCUUCAGGAGAUCAGACAGCAAAACUGUGGGAUGUGUAUGUGAGUGAGCACCUUGGCACAUUUAAAGGGCACCAGUGCAGCCUCAAGUCUGUGGCAUUUGGAAAGCAGGAAAAAGCUGUAUUUUGCACUGGUGGAAGAGAUGGCAACAUAAUGGUCUGGGACACUCGCUGCAGUAAGAAAGAUGGAUUUUACAGACAAGUGAAGCAAAUUACUGGGGCUCACAACACACAGGUCAGGCAGACUCCUCCAAAACAGAAGAAACGGCGACUGGCUGCACGGGGACUUGCUCCUUCUGUGGAUUUUCAGCAGAGUGUAACAGUGGUGAUUUUUCGAGAUGAGAAAACUUUGAUUUCUGCGGGGGCAGUGGAUGGCGUCAUCAAAAUGUGGGAUUUGAGGAAGAACUAUACCAUUCAUCACCAAGAUCCUGUGCCAGUCCAGUCCUUCCCUUAUCCAGGAACGAGUGCACGGAAGCUAGGAUAUUCCAAUAUUGUCUUGGACUCAAAAGGCUCCAAUCUUUUUGCAAACUGCACUGAUGAUAACAUUUACAUGUUUAAUGUGACUGGCCUGAAAACUGCACCAGUGGCAACCUUCAAUGGUCACCAGAACUCCACCUUCUAUAUCAAGGCCAAUCUUAGUCUGGAUGAUCAAUUCCUCCUCAGCGGGUCCACUGACCAUAACGCUUAUAUCUGGAAGGUCUCUGAUCCUCAUCAUCCUCCAACAGUGCUCCAUGGGCACACUCAAGAGGUGACAUGUGUGUCCUGGUGCCCAUCGGACUUCUCAAAGAUUGCCACUUGUUCUGAUGAUAAUACUGUUCGAAUCUGGCGUCUCAAUCGAAAAAUGGGUGUGGCACAGUCUGAUUUGGUGGGAACUGCAUGCCAGAAGAAGCAUUUGGAGAAAGAUGCUGUGAUUCAGCCAAUUAACAAUACACAAUCAAUGAAAGAAGGCCCAAAUCUGCCAUCUCCACAGCAAGCCUCAUGUGCCCCUAAUGUCAGUGGAAGCUCUUCCAGCACACCCACCUCUGUGGCUCAGAGAUCCGUGGACAAUAAUUGUAGACCAUGUCAGCUAGUUCAGACAAGUUCUACUUCCCCAAAGUCUGCUUCUGGGAAAAUGUCGAUCAAGAAAUGGGUUGUUAAGAGCCCCAGCACUCCUGCCUCUCUCUCCGAUGCUCCCAACACUUCACCGAGGAGUGUGCUAGCCCCAGUUGAACGAAGUCAAUCAAAAAAUGUCUCGGAAACUGUAAACAACCAGAUUUUUGAGAAGAAAGUUAAAAGGAGAUUGGACACCAGUGGUGGAUCAAUAAUGAACAAAAGUAAAAAUGGAGACAACAGUAUUGUAGCAGAAGUCAGCCCUGUUUCUAAAAGAUGUAAAAUUGGUAUCUGUUGUUUAAAGGAACAGAGUUGGAAAAACUCAUCUAUGGAAGGUACAGAAGAUAAAGGGAUGAAAAGUUGUGACUGUAACACCAGGGAAAACCCCCCUCUGGCAAGCCCCUUCCCUAGUCCAGAGCUGGAAGAUUCUUCUUCUUCCUCCAAGCUCCACUGCAGACAGAAACCUGCAAUGCUGGACAAAGAAAACGGUUCUCCUCAAAAAUCAAACUGGCUUUCCGACCUGAGGGCCAAACAGAAACUUGAAAUGGGCAUUAGGAUAGUGAGAUCACCCAAUAGUCCGACACUGUCAUGGAGUCCAGCUAUGAAGAAAAGGGAAGAAAGGACUACAACAGGCUUGCCAACUCCAGCUUCAAUGCGCAAGAUCUCUUCAUAUUUUCAGAAGUCACCUGACCAUUGUACUGUGAGAAUGGACAAAUUAUUGACUUAAAUUAAUACAGCUUUAUGACCUCGUAGCAUUCGUGAGGGAAUGCUUGUCUUCAUUGUGCAGUUUUUCCUGUCAGUGUGCCAUCUGUGAUGGUGCAGUUGUUACAAUUAGUUUGUCAAUGAAACUGGGUUAAUAUUUUUAAAUUAAUUCUUUAAUGUUUUGGUUUUCUCCCCCAAUCAAAUAGGUAGAUAACAAUUCAAGUUGAGAUACAAUAAAAUAUGUACUGGUAAUGGAACUCUGUACUAGAAAUCCAAGGCUUGUGUUUUGAGUAUUGAUUGUUUCAAGUACAGAGGGUGGGUUUCUAUGUCCAUAUAUAGAGGACUGAAAGCUCCUACUUGCACCAAAUGAGCAAUUACAGAAAAUAAAGGAUGACGAGCAAAAACAAAAUUCCUGUAUUUAACUAAUCAAUGCUCGAGUGCUGAAAUAAUCACUUUGUUUUGUUUGCUUCUUUGUAAAAGAUGUGAUUCCAUUUGAAUUUUAUCUUAUUUUUAACCAACAUUUUCCAGCAUAACUUUACUUUUACUUUUAAAAGGCACUGAAGGCCCCCACCCUCUCAACCUUGCCCCUUACCUGAGGUGUGGCAACCCUCAGGUAACUCACCAGCAGUCGUGUCUCUCUAAUGAGAGAGCAGCUUAUGGUCCCCAGGGACUAUUACGACUUUCGUGUAUAUAAACUGGUUGUGUUACUAGUCAGUUAUAACUCUAUUGUUCUUCAAACUUUGCUCCACAUAUUUCAACAUGAUUUAGAGCAUGAAACAAGCAGCAUUUUUUUGUUUAAGUACAAACACAGCUUGGAAUUAACUUAUUGCAUAAUUUAUAUAUAGAUUUUACCUAUAUAAAAGGCAAUCUUAUACUUUGAAAAUGCAUGAAGGUUUCUUAUUGUUACAUGUGUAUAUGGAGUUAAAUGCUUGGCUGCAAGGAAUAAUGUUUUUCAGCGUCAAGCCUGUGUAAUCAUAUCAAGUAACAAUGAUACAGCGGAGGCAUAUUGAUGAUUUCUUAAGUCAAAGCAAUGGUUUAUUUACAUUGAGCAGUAGAAGCACCCUGCCCUUUCCCAGCCCUCUAACUUCCCAAUUUCAAUGCAUAUAGAACUGUGACACAAUCUGAAUUGAUGGGGUUUUGUCAUUGCUGGUGUGCUCUGCCCUUUCAUUGUGUUACUGUUAACUAUUCUGGAUUGUUCUUUUAUUGCACAUCAAGGUUAACUUACUGAUGCUGUAAAAAGUUUUGCAACUCAGGCUUAUCAUUGAAUUGUCUGCAGUAGUUUUACUGGAUAGUCUAACGCAAAAGUUCCUUAUCUGAUGUAAAAGUUACUUUUUUUCUUGAGCAGUUUUAUUUUAAAUUGCACAUUAACUUUGCAGCUUGUAUUCAUCCUCUCAAAGUAAUUACAAGGUUUUAAUUGA